CAGGCUGGUGACAGGAUCAAGGGCACGUUAUAAAUGUUAUUUGUAGUGGAUCCAUAUUUUUGUUAUAAUCUUAUGAUAAUUCUGUAGAAGGAAUUAUGACGAUGACUAGUCAAUGGAUGGGGUUUAUGGAAAGAGCUGUGAUAAUUAAACGGGAUUGUUUGAUGGAUUCACGUGACACGGAUGGUCACCAAUCGGUGUAUGUAGAUCGUCCGUCUUAUCUUCGAGAUCAGGCCUUAGUACAAGAACAGGCAAAGUUGUCCAAAGAUGUCGAAAGAUUUGGUUUAGCUCCACUUACGCAGGAAAGUGAAAGAUACCGAUUAAAAAUGGAAUAUCAAGCCAGCAACGGGUUCUUUAAGCCGCCGAAACGAUGUAUGGUGACUUCCUUUAAUAACAUAAAACCUGAACAGUCCAGUCCUUUGCCACCCCUGCCACCUCUUGUACAAGGUAAAAAGUUGUUAGACCCCGUUAAACCAAGGCGAAACAAACUGAUAACGAAAGGUAGUCCAUCAUUUUUAAGCGAAAAACAAAGAGUCAAUGAAACCGUAAGAAUAAACCUUUCUAGGAUUCCCCUUCAGGUCCGACCAACCAUACCAUCGAUCGGACGUAAAGCCGGGAGACAAGAGGAACUAGCAGUCCAAAGCCAUACAUUGAAGAGUUUGAAGUAUAGCCCUGCCCAGAAGGUGACUACACGGCAUAGAUUACGUCCCCUUGUAUCCGAAAGUCCUCGUCCCCGUUCUUUGAAAUCACAUAGACUAAAAUUUGAGUCUCUCACUGACGGGGACAGAAUCGACGUUGAUUAUUUGAAUAAGCAUUUCUUUUUGUGCAGCAUGCCUCCUACAACCGACCGGAGCGUCAAUUCGAUCAAAACGACAGGGAAGUCCCAACGAAUCAAGUCCACCAAAGAUUCCCAUGUAACGGUUACUCCAAGACGUUCGAAACCAUUACCAAAAAUGUUGUACAAAUCUGAUAGCGCCUUAUCGUUCCAAACAAAAAAGCCAAUCUACAGAAAUAGGCCUACUAAGAAAAGUGAUAUUUUCGAAACAUAUUUAUUGGAUUCUGACGAUAAUUAUGAUCACGAUAGUGACAGAGAUUGUGAAAAUGCUUCUGACGAUGCUUCAUCAAGGAUUCGCAUAGUGGUCGAUAUGCCAAAUAUAAUACUGAAUGCGGCAAGUCCAGAACCACAGUCCAGUAGGGAAACGACGUUUGUAGGAACUUUAAGCCGGGCAUGUAAGCAAUCCGAAAUGCGACAGAAAGAAAUACAGAAUUUACUUGAAGACGUAAAGGAACUGAAUAAAAGAUCACAAUCGUUUAUGGAACCAACUGCGACAUAAAAGGUGUCUAUUAGUGCGCAGUCCGUGAUACUGGUCGUUUCGUGUUUUAUGUAAUUUUGUGCCUGUGCGAUGGUAGAAUAUCGACAUAUCCGGCGCUAGAAUUACCACCGAUUGUUGAUCUUUACAUAUGUAAUCAACUAGUCUUGAACGUGUAUUAUUGCGAAACUUUUGAAGGAAUGUCAACGUCUGAAUCGGACAUCCAGGGGCGUGUCCUGGAAUGUCAGCAGUGGAAGUCAAUUUGAUUAAAAUACCGAUCAAUAUUUUGUUUCGUUUUUUUAUACUUUCGAUGGCCUACACUACAUGAAGAUCUGACAAGUUAUAGCGAUAGGUCACGUCAGGGGUCAAAAGACCGACUUAUGACCCUAUGAUGUCAGACAUUUAAUUAACCAAUCAGCAUUGAUUUUACUAGUGGAUUACCCACAGUUCCGUGCAAAACACGCCUAAAGCUCGUCGUGACAGACCGUUUCAUUGCUUAUCCCUGACACCAUUCAGAACACGAGUUAAAUAACAACUCUUUCAGAUCCAAGUGUAGUAAAGACAAGUAAAACGAAAUUUUGAACUAUAAAAACGAAACGAAAUAGGAUCUGUGUUUUAACCAGAUUGCAGUGGAAGUUCAAGGUUGUUUGGCGUGAGGUCUAGGUGAUUUCUGCUCAUUUAGCUGCAUACAUGUAUAGAAUUAGAGUGGGGUAAGGUCAAAACGGUUACAAUGCGUCGUGCUUUCGCCGGUGAAUGCAAGAAAGAAAAUAAUAUUCUCCGGACCCCCACGCCGGUCCUUCUGGACACAUGCCUGACAUCUAUUGUUUCGUUUCAUAGCGAUAGAGUUAAUAGUAGGUCGUAAAUGCAUACUUUCAAUACAACUUUUACAACUAAUACUAUUAUAUUAUACCUCGUCUUAAAUCUAUAAUACCUCUUUAUGGAGAUGGAAAUAAAUAUUUUUGUCCAAAUGAAUAAUUAUUAUUAAUUAAAAGGGCAUUAGGUAAGAUUAGAUAAGGAACUGACAGUUCUCGCUAUAAUACUUAAAAUACAGAUAAUGAAAACAGAAUAUGCUGACAAUUUCUGUCAAAUUGCUUCGCUCUGAACCGAGAUAUUAGCCAUUGAAUUUUAGGCUAGUCUUGGUCGUCACGAUUGUCCAUUUUUACGUUAAAUUAUCCAUCACAAAAUGUAUUCAGAUCCAGUAAAUAUCGCAGGCUAGCGAUGACAUGGAGAGUUGAUUAUGGUCUGGAUAAGUCAAUUAAUGUCUAAUUAAUAAUUUAGAUAACAUUUC